AUGAAAUGCAAUUUACAAGUGCCCCCUCGUGCACAUCACUGCAAUAUUUGUCAAAGUUGUAUCUUAAAGCGCCACCAUCAUUGCUAUUUGGUGGGAAAAUGUAUCGGUUUUAAAAACCAAAGAUAUUUCAUCGUACUGGCGUUCUAUUCGGUGAUCGUGAGUUUUUGGGGUCUGUACCUUACUGUGGUAUAUUUGAGGGACAAGUGGUGGCAUACUGCAACUUGGUCAGAUGCCAUCUUGCCUAUGACUAUUUUAAGAUGUCUCUUCGGAAACAUUACAGCUCAUGUCACAAUUCUAGUGUUUCAUUGCUAUAUGUGGGCCAUGUUUGGUCCCAUAGCAAUGGUAUACUUCAUAAGCCAAAUACUCCUCAUUUUCAAAGGACUGACACUUUAUGAACUGGCUAAAAACGUGCCAGUGAGAAAUACAGCAUCAGUGUCCAAAAAUUUCCAGUCAGUUUUCGGAGAUUUUUGGGCAUUAAAUUUCAUCAUUCCUGCACAAAUUCUUUUCCGUCAAAAAGAAGAUGGAUGUUCAUGGAACAGUGUAAAAAUUAUUCAAAACCCCCCAAAAGAUGUUCAUCACCAUUGUCAAAUAUUAUAG